GAUGUGCUUUGUGGUAUCGUAGGAGCAUUGCCAGUCCUGACAGAGGCAGUUCACAGAGCUGCUUUCUGACAUUGGCUUCGUCAAGGAGGGGCUGAAGGCCAGAGUCAUUGAAAGGAAUGGCCACCAAAGGGACCGACGGUGUCGUGGAGGGCUACCGGCCGCGAGGCCAACCUCAACUCUGACAACAUCAGGUUUAAUGUCCUGCAAUGCUCUGUGCUGCCCUCUAUCCCAAUGUAGUCCAGGUGAGAUCACCUCAUGAGAAGUUCAAGCAGACUAGUAAAGGAGCUGUGAAGAUGCAGCCCAAAGCAGACGAGCUGCGCUACAUGACGAAGAACGACGGCUGUGUCCACGUACACCCGUCCUCUGUCAACUACACAGUGCGCCACUACGACAGCCCCUACCUGGUCUAUCAUGAGAAGGUGAAGACGAGCCGUGUGUUCAUCCGGGAUUGCAGCAUGGUGUCCGUGUAUCCUCUCGUGCUGUUCGGAGGGGGACAGGUCAGCGUGGAGCUACAGAGGGGGGAGUUCGUCAUCUCCCUGGAUGACGGCUGGAUCCGAUUCGCCGCAGCGUCACAACCAGGUCAGCCAGUGGCGGAGCUGGUGAAGGAGUUGCGCUGGGAGCUGGAUCAGCUUCUGGAAGAUAAGAUCAGGAACCCCAGCAUAGAUCUGUGUACCUGCCCACGAGGAUCCCGAAUCAUCCACGUGAUCGUGAAGCUCAUUAGCACCCAGUAA